AUGACUCAACUUGGGCUCUUGGCCCGGAUCCUGGCCACCGGGUUCAGCGUUGUCAAUUUGGCACAUGCCACAGGGCUGGCUGACAUUGAUCAUGUCGUUCUCUUCAUGCAAGAGAACCGAGCUUUUGACCAUUAUUUUGGUACGAUGGCAGGCGUGCGUGGAUUCAACGAUGCCAAUCUUCAGACAAAUGACGGGGUUCCGGUCUGGAAACAGCUGACGACCACUGACUUGACGAACGAGACGACAUACGUGACCCCCUGGUAUCUCAACUAUCUCGGCGGCAAUUGGUCCGAGGCUACGCAGUGUAUGAUAGCAGGGAGCAACGGCUGGUACCAAAACCAUGCUGCCUGGAACCACGGCACCAAUGACCACUGGGCCAUGAAUAACACGCCAUGGAGCAUUGGAUUCUAUAAGCGAAAGGAUUUGCCUACUCAAUGGGCACUAGUGGAUAAUUGGAUAGUCGCGGACAUGUAUCAGGGCGACGGCUUCAACUGCUAUCCUUUGAAGUGGAAGACUGCUGCUGAAUACUAUGAAGAUGCUGGAGUGUCGUGGCAAGUCUUCCAAGACGCCGACAACUUUGAUGAUAAUGCUUUUUCCUGGUUUCAGCAAUUCCAGGACGCCAAAAAGGGAACAAGUCUUCACGAAAGGGGAAUCAAGGGCUUGCCGCUCAAUACUUUCUACGAGCAGGCCGCCAACGGGACACUGCCUGAGGUGUCCUACAUUAUCGGGCCGGCGCAGCUGUCAGAACACGCUCCGUACUCUCCCCAUGAUGGCGCCUGGCUGGAAAACAAGAUUGCCGAAGCAGUGAUCAAAUCGCCAAAAUAUUCAAAAACAGUCCUUAUCAUCUCCUUUGACGAGACAGGUGGCUGGUUCGACCACGUUGACCCCUACCGUUCGCCGGAUCGAACGCCGGGGGAAUGGUUAGAUGAUCCCUACGGCCAAGUAACGGAGCUGUGGAAGAUAUCGACCGCUUAG